AUGCGAGCAGACAAACUCUCAAAGCUAAAAAGUGGACUGUUAGCUCAGCAGAAUACAUUUGUACACCAAGCUCAGCUGAACCAGUCAUCUGUUCGGGCCAGCUUUCGGGUUGCUCAACUGAUAGCAAGCAGCGGUAAACCUUUCACUGAUGGAGAGUUUGUCAAGAAAUGCAUGAACGCUGUCGCGGAGGAGGUGUGUCCUGAGAAGAAAGAUGUCUUUAAUGCCGUGAGUCUAUCAGCGAGUACAAUCACCAGACGCAUUGAAGAAAUCGUGGGUAAUGUAUAUGCCCAGCUGCAGCAGAAGACGAAAGAAUUUGAAUUUUUUUCAUUAGCACUGGAUGAGCGCUCGGACGUGCAGGACACCGUGCAACUGCUCAUUUUUGUUCGUGGAGUUAGUGCAAACUUUGAGAUCUGCGAGGAGCUGGCAGCCCUCCAAAGUCUCAAAGGGACUACGACAGGGGAGGAUAUUUUCGGCAAAGUGUACCAAACCAUGGAAGAGUUGGACCUGGACUGGUCAAAGCUGGCCAGCAUUACAACUGACGGGGCACCUAAUAUGGUGGGCAUGUCUCGGGGUCUAAUAGGACGCAUGAACCGGGAGAUGGAAGAACGAGGUCUCACCGCCCCGCUACAAGUUCACUGCCUAAUUCACCAGCAAGCACUGUGCUGCAAAGUGUUGGCUUGGGAUUCUGUCAUGAAGGUUGUGGUGUCAUGCAUAAACUUCAUCAGAGCAAAGGGACUUAAACAAAGGCAGUUCCAAGAAUUCCUGUCUGAACUGGAAUCUGCGCACGGCGAUGUGCUGUACUACACAGAGGUCCGAUGGUUGAGCCGGGGCAGAGUUUUGAAGCGUUUUUACGAGCUGCUACCUCAAAUUAACGCAUUUCUUCAUUCACAAAACAAAACGGUGCCAGAGUUGAUCGACCCAGAAUGGAAAUGGCACCUCGCAUUUUUAACAGACAUGACAGAAAUGCUGAACAGCUUUAACUUGCAGCUACAAGGCCAGGGGAAACUCAUUUGCGAAAUGUAUUCCCACAUAAAAGCAUUUGAGGUGAAACUAGAGCUGCUUUUGGGACACGUGAAAAAGCACAGCUUCAUCCAUCUCCCUGCUACACAAAACCUCUCUGCAGAGAACCCAGCGGUCCCGUUUCCAGCUGAAAAGUGUGUGGAAGCACUGGAAAUGCUGAAGGCGGAGUUUGGUGCGCGAUUCCGUGAACUACAUGUUUAUGCAAAAGAAAUCUGUCUUUUCCAGAACCCCUUUGUUGCCGACAUUGACGAAGCCCAGCCUUCUUAUCAGUUUGAGUUGGCCGAGUUACAGAACUGUGAUGUUCUGAAAGACGCGUUCAAGCCCAGCGGUCUCAUUGACUUCUAUGCCGCCCUCCCAAACGACACAUACCCUAACAUCAGAAAACACGCAAGGAAGAUGUCCACACUUUUUGGCAGCACAUAUAUUUGCGAGCAAACCUUUUCACGCAUGAAACUGCUGAAAACUCCAAUGAGAUCAAGAUUGACAGAUGAACACCUGCAUCAGUGUUUGAGACUGGCAGUGACUAGAAUGGAACCUGAUAUUCAACUUCUCACCAGCCAGAUACAGGCCCACAGUUCACACUGA